AUGCCUCGAGAAGAUAAGGCAGCAAGAAUUCACAUGGUUCGCGUCACAAAAUUCACCGAGUAAGGACGUAUCUUGAGAGCGAUCCGAUAUAUCACAAUCUUAUGAAAUACUCACGUCAAUCUCAUCGUCGAAUUUUAUCUAAUUAAACAUUUGUAAGUGUAUAAAAAAUAUUCAAUAUGGAUUUUAAACCGCCGAACCGAACCAGCUGCUGCACGUGGGAAUUAAAUGCCACGAAUUCACCGCAUACAUACAGAGUACAAAAUGCUGAUCGCGAUAGGAUCAUGCCCCACAUUCUAACUAAUAUUGGCCGGACUCCAAUCGUAAAACUAAACAAUAUUCGAAAAUCGUACGGAAUCAAAUGUGAACUGUAUGCAAAAUGCGAAUUCCUCAAUCCUGGUGGCUCUGUGAAAGACAGAAUCGGCUAUAGAAUGAUUCUGGACGCGGAGGAAAAGGGUACAUUGAAACCAGGGUAUACCAUCAUCGAACCCACGAGUGGGAAUACAGGAAUUGGUUUGGCGAUGGCUGCUGCGGUCAGAGGCUACAGAUGCAUCAUCGUCCUACCAGAAAAAAUGUCUGAUGAGAAAGUGUCGACUCUUCGAGCCCUUGGUGCUGAAAUUGUUAGGACACCGACGGAGGCGAGCUGGGACAGCCCUGAGGCUCACAUCAACGUCGCCCAGAAGCUGCAGCAGGAAAUACCAAACAGUGUUAUUCUCGAUCAGUACACUAACUCUGGAAAUCCGCUGGCUCAUUAUGACGGAACAGCGACUGAAAUCUGGGAACAGUGCGAGGGGAAGGUAGAUUACGUGAUAGUAGGAGCGGGGACAGGCGGCACUGUUGCUGGUAUCGGGAGAAAAUUUAAAGAAUUGGCGCCAGAGGUAAAAAUUGUAGCUGUGGACCCUAAAGGGAGUAUUCUAGAUCCCAGCAGUAAAUCGCCGGAGGAAAUUGGCUUCUAUGAAGUAGAAGGAAUCGGGUAUGACUUUAUACCCACGGUCCUAGAUCGUACGGUGAUCGACCAAUGGAUCAAGACUGAAGAUUGCGAAUCGUUAAAUGCUGCUAGAAUGCUUAUACGUCAAGAAGGUUUACUAUGCGGGGGUAGCAGUGGUGCUGCUCUCGUAGCUGCCCUUAAAAUAGCCAAAGACCUUCCCGAAGGGAAACGUGUAGUCAUGAUUCUACCGGAUGGUAUUCGCAAUUACUUAACUAAAUUCGUGUCGGAUCACUGGAUGGAGGCUCGAGGAUUUAUGGAAUCCAAGUGUGAGAAUGCAAAGAAUGAAUGGUGGUGGAUUAAAGAGAUCUCGAAUUUAAUUUUCGACAAGCCUUCCAUGUUCAGGGAAAAUACUGUGACCUGCCAGGAAGCAGUUCAUCUGUUAAAAAACGAAAAUACUCAACCGCUGCUCGUAACCGGUGAUGGCACGCACGUGAAAGGAAUCGUUACUUCGAAUAAACUUAUGUCGAGCAUAAUAUCGGGCGCAGUGCAAUCCACAGAUUUUAUGGAAAAAACUAUUAUCAAACAGUAUGUUAAAGUUCAUCCUUCGACGUCACUUGGUCGCCUAUCGCGUAUUCUUGAAAAAGAAACGUAUGCAAUAGUUCUAGAUAAUAAACGUGACGACACGUUUAUUGGUGUCGUAAACCAGUUUCACAUACUGAACUUUAUUAGCAAACACAAUGGUGCAAUAAUAUCAGAGAACCACAGUGGAUAAUAUUACGAUGAUCGUCUCUACUGUGAUUGUUUUACAUUUCAUACUUCGUCAAGAAGAAAUGGAUCUCUUAAUGUGAUCUCAGUUUUAGGAAUGCAUUUUUUUAAUUGUACAAACGUUUCGUGUCAAAAAUUAUUAAAUAAGUGAUUUUAUACUUAGAUUCUAUAAAUCUUAUUAUGGUUAAU